AUGAGGGUUAUUCAGGGGAUCAUUAUACAUGAUGUAAUUGGCCGCCCUAAGAUUAUUCUUGACCAGUUGGCGGAGGGUUUAAACACACUUGGAUUUCGAGCUGCUAUGAAAGAAUACCCUGAGUUCCUUGAGGCUCUCUUUAUCCCCAGCAAGGAAGAGUUGAAUGCAGAUUCUGUCAUUGGCGUGCUUCAGUUCCCUAAAGAUAUGGAUGACAAUGAAAGUGUAGUAGCAGGUUACAUUCACAUGUUUAUACAGAAUGCAAAGGUUGACACACUGGAAAAAUUUCUCUCUUUUGCCACGGGUUCAAAGGCUCUUCCCGAUUUUGGCCUGGGAAAAAAUUCAAGUAAAGUUUGA